AUGAGAUCUGGUAAAACUUGUCUAAGUCUACCACACAAGACCUUGGAUAUUUUUGAUGCGGGGACUGAUACUACAUCGAGUACUUUUGAGUGGGCAAUGGCAGAGUUGAUUAGAAAUCCUGAGAUGAUGGAAAAAGUCCAACAAGAAAUUGAGCAAGUCUUGGGAAAGGAUAAACAAAUUCAGGAAUCAGACUUUAUUAAGCUACCUUACUUACAAGCCAUUAUCAAAGAAACAUUGCGCCUACACCCACCUACCGUAUUUCUAUUGCCUCGUAAAGCAGAUGUUGAUGUUGAGCUAUAUGGUUAUAUUGUGCCAAAGGAUGCACAAAUACUUGUUAAUUUAUGGGCGAUUGGAAGAGACCCUCAAGUUUGGGAAAACCCUGAAGUGUUUGCCCCUGAGAGGUUUUUGGGAUCCGAUGUGGAUGUGAAAGGAAGAGAUUUCGGACUCCUGCCUUUUGGAGCUGGAAGAAGGAUAUGCCCUGGAAUGAAUCUGGCAAUUAGAAUGUUAACUUUGAUGUUAGCUACUCUUCUCCAAUUUUUCAAUUGGAAGCUCCAACAAGGUGUGAAUCCGAAAGAUUUAGACAUGGAUGAGAAAUUUGGGAUUGCUUUACAAAAAACUAAGCCACUUAAAAUCAUUCCGGUCCUUAAGUAUUGAAGUUCGUCGGGUGGCUUGCAUAUUUUUCAAAAUUAUGAGAAAACAAGUUUUUUAUUAAUUCAUGAAGUUAUUAUUGUGAUCAAUGUUUAUUUUGUAAUCUGUACAGUAAAAGUUGUAAUUGUUAGCUAAUUUGUUAUGUACUUAAUACAAUUUGCAUGUACUUCGUAUUUGAAUUCAG